AUGGAAUGGUACGCCCGGUUCACAACGGGUUUCUGCGUAUUGAUUACUGAUGGAUGUCCUUUACCCAGCGACGUUCUCGCCGAAUUCCACCAGCCACGAAGCGGUAUCCAGUUCCUUGCCGAUAGGAUGCUGUUUCCGAGCUGUGGAACUCCUCCUAGACUCAGCAUCAUGUAUUUCCUGGCCGAGAUAUCCGCAAGGUCUCUGGUAAAUCGGAUCCAUUACUCGAUCAAUUUCACAAAUAGCAUGAACACAUAUACCGGCGGUGGUCUAUGCCAGCCUCAACCUCACGAUUUCAAUAAUGUCGACACGCUAUCUUCACUUCGAAAUAUCUGUAAUGAGCUCACUCACCAGCUCGAGACCUGGUAUAACUCCUUGCCUGCUACAAUCAAGCCUGACCUGACACCAGAUACGCGGGACGACAACAUUCAGUCCGAUAUUUAUGUCCUCACUAUAAGCUAUGCCGGCGCUCUUUAUGAGUACCAUGCUGACAAUAGUAGCGCGUUCGCUUCAGCCCUGAUACUAUCUAUUUCGGCUUCGUCACAUUCUCUACGGGAAUAUGUUUCGGACCUUGAGUCUCUUCAAACUCUGGCCCUUGACGCACUGCGCCCCUGGGCGGAAGAUGGAUCAGCUAUCGAAAGCGCAUAUGAGAUACUUAGUUCAAUACGCAAUAAAUUCCGGUAUCGCGAUCCUGUUUGA